GCCUCAAAAGAAACGACCACUUGCAGGUUCAACAAACCCACCUUAUUAUCACUGGUAUUCGCUUGUGAACAUAACAAGCUACCUAUGCUGCUAGUUUCUUAGUCAAUGGGGAAAUGCAAUAUAUAUCUUGUAAUUCACACAUAUUGUUGCAGCUAAAACAUUGAUUUCUCUGUCCCUUCCUUCUACUCAUGUUUCAGUUACAAAAGAAUCCCAUCAAACCCAAUGCCCCAGUUUCUCCGUUGAAGAUCAGAGAACGAGCAGUGAUGCCUUACACCCCACAAUCCCCUGCCAUCUUGUCUGAGAUGGAUCCUGGGAUCUGGAGCCGGCUGCCUGAGGAGCUUCUUGAUCUUGUAUUGUCUUUAUUGCCUCUCAAAACGUUCUUGAAUCUGAGAUCCACUUGUAAGCACUUCAGGUCUCUUAUAUUCUCUCCUAUUUUUAUGUCCAAACACUCCUCUUCUGGUUCUCCUUUCUCCUCGUUUCUUCUACUCUCUCACCCUCAGUUUUUCCAUCGCUACUCCUUAUAUGAUUCUGUGAUUGGCACCUGGCGCAAUUUAACUUUAUCCCUCUCUUUUUUGCUACCUUCUUCUUCUGCUGCUGGUAGUUCACAAUCCUGCAGUCUUCUCUCAUCUUCUAAUGGUCUCUUGUGCUUCUCUCUUCCCACCUCGUGUUCUUUUCUUGUGUGCAAUUUCUUGGCCAAAUCUUCGAAGGUUAUUGAAUUCCCAAGUUUUCCUUUUGCUUUCGAGUCGCUCACUUUUGUUUCAACACCAUUUGGGUACAAAAUCUUCGUGUUAUGUUCCAAGUUUUCAUCAAUUUCAGCUUUCAUUUACGAUUCAAGAUUCAAUUCUUGGCAAAAAUUUGAUAAUCUUGAGCCAAUUCUAAGCGACAAUUGUCAUCAGGAAGGUGUGUUCUUUAAUGGGUCAUUGUACUUCACCACUCCAGAGCCAUUUUCAAUAGUGUGCCUUGAUAUGGAGAGCGGAAAGUGGAAGAGAUUUAGCAACGAAUUGCCAGAAGAACUGACUUUUGUUAGGCUGGUGAGUGAUGGAAAAGGGAAUCUGUAUUUGAUUGGUGGAAUUGGCAGAAAUGGGAUUUCAAAGAUGAUGAAAUUGUGGGAAUUGGGUGAUGGUGGGAAUUGGGUGGAAGCUGAAAGUUUGCCUGAAAUGAUGUGUAGAAAAUUUGUGUCAGUUUGCUACCACAACUAUGAACAUGUGUAUUGCUUUUGGCAUCAAGGGAUGAUCUGUGUUUGCUGCUAUACAUGGCCAGAGAUAUUGUACUACAAGGUAUCAAGGAAGACCUGGCAUUGGCUGCCCAAAUGCCCUUCAUUGACUGAUAAGUGGAGCUGUGGCUUCAAGUGGUUUUCCUUUGUUCCACAGCUGUAUGCUUCAGUGUGAUGCACUGGUGUUUUCUGGUCUGGUCUCAUUGUUUGUAUUAGUUGUUUUUGGUAAUCUCCUCCUUUUUUCUUUCUUUUUUUGUUUCACAAGUGGUUGUGUGUAUGACCUGUGUGUUUGGAUUCAGUUUCUGUUGAUAGAAAUGUAGAAAUCUAGUAUUCGGAUUGUUCAUAA